AUGUCCAAUUUACCUCAAAAUGAGUCCGAUGACUCUGAUUUAGAGGGACUACCUCCAUCCGUGAGACAUUAUGUCUAUGAAGGACCAGAUCAAUUUUCUCGAAUCUUUAGACUUGAAAAUGAUCGUUGCCUACGUUCAAUGCCCAACGCGUUUGGAACUCGCAUCAACCCCGAUACGGCAACUGGGAGCCUACGUACCAAAGUAGAGGCAGAAACGGAGAUCAACGAGUACUUUGUUCUUUCGAUUGAUCCAGGCACCUUCAAACGGGUUUUCAUCAGUGACAGACUGGAUAUUCCUCACAUUUCAUCAUCCGAAUUCUGCGCACGGACAAGCCGUUUGGUGAUCAAGAUGCCGAACCCGGUACAUAACCAAGUCGGAAUCCGCCUUCAUGAUGCCAUUAAGUUGGCUCUUGUACCUAUGAGGCUUGACAAUAUGGUCUUUGACUGGGGAACUGUGAAUCUUGACGUGGGCAAUGACCGCAACAAACAAGCCGACUUCGGGUGGGGACCCCGGAGACGCCCUCCUAGGACUCCCAAGAGACCAACGGUAGUGCUUGAGGUCGGUCUCUCUGAGAGCCACCAGAGGCUCUUCCAUGACAUGGAGACUUGGCUGAACCCCCACAAGGGGAAUGUCAGGAUGGCACUCUCCAUCAAAGCAGUGAGAAACCGACCCAAGUUCACGAUCGAGAAAUGGGUCUGGGACGCGACGAACCGCAUACCCAGCAAAGUUCAGGGUAUCGUCCUGGAGAGAAACGAGACUGGUCAAAUAACCAGUCGCGGGGGGAACUGA